UCUUUCUCUUUCUCGUGUGUGACGAUACGCUCUACGACAUGCACGCCAGCUCGUCGUUCGGAGCCGCACGGAGAGAGCCAAGCCAAGCCGGAGCCAAGCCCCGAGAUGUCCGAGAGCGGGGCCUCGAGAUCGAACGAUGUUUAUUACGGUCGCGAUAAAGCUGUUUUCGGUCGCGCCUCGAGCGUGUUUUCGCGCUCUCGCGCGAGCCUCCGAUCCGAACGAACGGAUCUCUCUUGGAGUCUUCCACGGUCCGCCUCCACGGUCUGAGCGUUUUACCGAUCAUCGGCAAGGAACUGCCGAGCAGGAGAUCGUCUUCGACGGCUGUGCACUAGGUGAGACAGGACAGAGGGAAUGGUGUACUCUGGCGUACUGGGAAUUGGGUGGCCGAGUCGGUCGUCUCUAUCCCGUGGAACCAUCGACGGUGAACGUCUUCGAUUCUCUCCACGACGGCGAUGGUCUUUGCUUGGCAACUUUGGCCGAGAAUCACAAUGCGCCACCUGCGGUCCAGCGUACGCGCAGCAAAAUCGGCCUCGGAUUAACGCUCAGCCAGGAAGCGGACGGUGUCUGGGCGUACAAUCGAUCGGAGAAUCCGAUCUUCGUGAACUCGCCUACCCUGGAUGAUCCGGAAUCGAGGACACUACUAGUUUACCGGGUGCCGUCGGGUUUCUGUCUCAACAUCUUUGACCGCGCCAAAAUCCUGCAGCUUCCAUACGGCGGCAGCGGCGGCGGUCAGGCCGCCGGCUUCACCGCCUCCGGUCCCGUCGACAUAAACUCCGUCCGCAUCAGCUUCGCCAAGGGUUGGGGACCCAAGUACUCGCGGCAGGAAGUUACUUCCUGCCCGUGCUGGCUCGAGAUACUCUUAGCGCCGUGCAGGUGAUCAUCCCCAAGGCUGGCCGGGCUGAAGGAUAUCGUCAAGCCUCGUCCUCAAUUCGCGCCUCUUCCUCUUCCUCAUCGUCGUCAUCGCCGUUGUUGUUUUCGGAGAGGAUCGGUGAUAAUGAUGCAGCGACCGUGGCCUUUAGCUCCGUCCUAACGAGAGCUGUGUUAAUAAUAAAUAAAUGAAAGGAACACGUGUGUGUGUGUGUGCCGGGGGCGAUCCUCAGAGGCACGCGUGCCCGGGAUCGCCCCAACAAACCCCAGCAGUCUUACCAAAGUACACGCCGUAAAAAACAAAGUAAUACGUUUACGGGACAAUGUCGCGUUCCGUUUCGUCAGUAGAACGAAAGAUCGGAAUGAACAGAGAUCGUUCGCGAGCGUAUUCAUCGAGCGCGCACGAACGGAGAGAUUCACAUCGAGAUUAACACAAGUGGUACUUAGAAUUUUUGCGAGCAUGCAUGUUUGAUUUGUGUAAUUCUCUUUCUUUUUCUUUAUUUUAUUUUUUUCAUUGUUUAGACGUCGAUGCUAUUUUCGAGAUUCGUGUGGGAGAAUUUUCGAUAAAGGAAGCGAAGAGAAUCUUGGAGCUUCCGAUAGGUCUAGUCACUUGUGUUUAUUGUCUUCGCGCGUCGACUCGCGAAUUUCGCGGAUGCGUGGAUUCUGAAUUCAGGGCAUGGCAGGGAAAAUUUUUAGCUUUAUAAAAAUGUAACACAAAGCGAAGAAUAAUAACAUCG